AUGUCCGUCGAAGAGGGGAGCCACUCCGGCCAAUUGGAGGGCAUCGAUCCACGUGUCAAGUGGGCCUUCGAUUUGUACGACAUGCAAGGUGUGGAAACCAUGUCCAUCCUUGAUCAUUACCAGGCUCCGACCUUAUUCGGGUUGGCCGGGCUGGGGGUCAACACUCUAGGCAACAUGUUUAGUCGCAGGCCCAUUAAGGCCGGCAUCCAGUGGACCAUCUUGGGUGGGCUGUUGGGCACAUGGUUGGGCGUUCAAACCCGGGAGUUCAAUGCCAAUCGGCGCCAAAAGCGAAUCCAAACCACGCUCCAUUACGUUAUGCUACAUCCCGAGCGAUUUCCAGAACCCGAGCGCAAGAAAUACGGGGAUCGAGAUGUCCUGUAUAGUUGGCAGCCCGUGCGUUAA